UAUAUAUAUAGAAUGUUAGUCCGCUAUAAAUUAUUGAACUUCUAAGUUGUUAUGACUUGUAAAUAAUAAUUUACAGUAUUAAACAUAAUUAAAAGAAAAAAAAAUAGAAAAACGAUUAUGUUUAUCAAAAAUCUACACCUGUGUUUAAUUAAUUCCAUAUUCAAGAGAGAAAUACACGACAAUGUUAGUUUAAUAGACAAUUGUAUCGAGGUUAGAAAUCGGAAUCCACGAAAUUUGGAACGUUUACUAAUAGCUAGGAAGCCUCAAGGAUAUCAUCUCGAAAAACAAUUUCGUAAUUUCUGGCAUAAAUUAGAAAUUUUACCAUCCCAACGUCAUGUAACCGUCAGAAUAGUACAUUUUAAAAAUGGUCCUGUUAUCACUGCAUCGAGUAAUGAAUGGGCACUUAAGAAACUAUUGUACAGAAAAUAUGAUAGUAUGGCAUAUGUUGCCUUGGGACAAGUGCUGGCACAGCGCUGUUUAGAAAGUGGAAUAUGUGAAAUUUAUCACAAUGAAAGUAUCACUAAUAAAGUAUCAUUAUUAUUAAAAGAAUUAGAAAAGAACAACAUUAUUCUUCAUGAAUCCGAUAGGUAUAUUCAUCCAUUCCCUUGGAGUUUAUUCAGACCAGAAAAACCUUGGGAAACUCAUGAGUAAUACAAAUGUACAAUUGAAAUACUGGAGAUAAUAUCCAAUCUUAUCUUCAUUGGAAAACUAUGUCAUUUUUGAUGAGUCUGCGACCAUAGAACAUUGCAGUGGAACAUUUUGUAGGAACUCUGAAACCUUAGUAACAAAUAGAAUAAAAUAGAAUAAUUAAAUAUAUAAAUAUUAAUUCAAGAUUUUAUUAAAUUUCAAAUGUAUUCGUUUUUGUAAAUUUUAAGUUAGUUUUUCUUACAGCACAAAGUGAAAUAUAUUUUAAUAAGUUUCUAAAAUUUUUAAGAUUUAUAUUAUUGAACAAGCAUAAAUAUAAAGAUGCGUUUAUAGAUUACUUAAGUCAUUUCUUUAUUACAAUGUCUAAUUAUUCAUAAGUGACAAUAAAUAAAUUUUUAUAGUACGAGUCUUUGAAAUUGUGUAGUAUUUAGAAAGUGAAAUACUUUAAAUAAUUAUCAUCAUAUUGAUAAUUAUAUAGAUGAUAUAUAUGAUGAAUGUAAUUCAAAAAUACAGUUGUGCAGUAAAAGGCCUUUGUUCAUAUAAGUUUCCAAUAGGCCAUAUGAUAUAUCGAUACUACUGCAUCUACAAAAAGUACUCCUCUAUUUUUAAUAACAUAUAUGAAAAAUCAAUUAUUUAAAUAAAAGUAUGAUAUAUGUAUGAUCGUUAAAUUAUUAUCUUAUCAAAUUAAUUACACUUCUAAAUUAUGAUUACAUUUAUAAAUUUCUAGUAUACAUCUAAAAUUUGUACGAUUAUCCUAAAAUUUUUAUCAAAAUAUACAUCGUCAGUAGGGUGUUAAA